GCUGGUGUGAGAUUUCACUCCUCGUUUGUUUCAUUGUGCGCUUCAAUGCGUGGAGGGAGCAGAGGUCAGCACGCCAGCGGGACGCCCUCCCGUGAUUAAGACUUACAGAAAACCCUUUGAAAUAUUUUGAUGAUUAGGAGAGAUCAGUCCAGAUCACCGGGUGACACAGGUCAGGAUGGGGUUUUUUCUUGGAUGAGAGCCGCCAGUGGACUCUCGCACCGGGAUCGCCCGGGCUUUCAGGAGCACUGAAGUCGCAGCGCUCCUCCCGGAGCAGCUGCGGGCGGCUGGCUGGCCGUCUGGUUCGCUCUCUGGAGGGAGGGCUCGCGCUGAGUAUUGGGGUCUCCCCCUGAUAACAGAGCGGGGGGGUCCGACGGAUAACCUGUUCGGGAGCUAAUUUCGUCCCGCAGUCAACAUGAUCAGGGUGUUUUUCCCCCUGAAGAAGCUGCGGCGGAAUGGCAGAUAUUUUCUGUUUGCGACGAUUCUCCUGGUUGGACUUUUGGCAGUUUACCACGAGAUUGUUGCUGCAAGAGCUUGGACCAGUCAUGUCGGUGUGAAUUCUGACAGCAGCAACUGGCAAAAGGAGGGAGAAGAUGGUCGACCAGACUGGGUGGAGGAUCCAGACUCUUGGAGGUCCAGCUUCUCUCCACAAGCAUGGAAACCAGAGUUUAAGGGGCAGGCCAAUCUGCACGUGUUUGAGGAUUGGUGCGGCACCUCUACCGCAGACCUGCGCAAGAACGUGCACUACCCCUUGUAUCCACAUUCCAGGACCACAGUCCAGAAACUUGCUGUUUCUCCUCGGUGGAUUAACUAUGGACUCAGGAUAUUUGGAUAUUUACAUCCAUAUACAGAUGGACACUUUGUGUUUGCAGUGAGCUCUGAUGACAACUCUGAGCUUUGGCUCAGUACAGAUCAAUCCCCGCUUAAUGUCCAGUUGCUGGCGUGGGUUGGAAAGACUGGUGCGGAGUGGACGGCCCCGGGAGAGUUUGAGAAAUAUGCCAGUCAGACCUCCAAACCAGUUAGGCUUUCAGCUCAAAAGAGAUACUUUUUUGAAGUUAUUCACAAGCAAAAUGACAGAGGGACUGACCAUGUGGAGGUGGCUUGGCAGCUAUUGGACCACAACUUCAGAUUUACGAUUAUUGAGUCGAAACACAUCUCCCUUUAUGUUGAUGAGUCUGACUUGAGGAUGAGCUAUGUUACCCACAUACCACAGACAGCUGCGAGUCAUGAGCACACCUCCACAAAGCAGCGCAAUGCUGCAGUAGACAUGCUGAGAAAAGACCCGAGAGACACACUCUACCAAGUCCAUCUGAUAAACAGCAAGUUCCUACAAAGCAUUCUUCCUGACUGCACAUAUAACCCCACUUACAAGAUCAAAGACUUCCCUCUGCUUCGUUACCAAGGACUGCAGUUUGUUCAGAUGUCCUACAUCUACCCAAACGACUACACCCGGCUCACACAUAUGGAGAGAGAAAACACCUGCUUCUACCCAGAGAGCUCCUACUACAAGAAGAUGUUUGGUUUCUCUAGGUACAUGAGAUAUGACCGCACAGAUGUGUACAAAAAAGGAAACAGAGACAGAGAUUUUGGUUUGCAGAGUACAAAGUCAGUCCAUGAGGAGGAGAAGGACAGUUUUGGUUAUGACCCCAACCACAGAGAGAAUGAAACAACAGCAGACCAGAUGAAGAACAAUGUUUAUCCAGACUACGGAGAUGAUUAUGACAAUUAUGUGCAGAAGCGCCAGCGCAAGCGUUUCUCCUUUGCUACAAGAGACAUUAAUGUUACACUGGACAAAUCUCCUGAUGAAAGAGGACACAUGAAAGACUUUCAGAAUAGAAAAGAUAAGGGUGCUGUUGCACAACCUCAAACGGAGGCAGGCAAAGCACCUAAAAAGGUAUUCAAACAAGAUCCGCAUCAAAACAGGAUGGAGUUUAAACAUGAAGACUCAAUCAAAAAAGUAGAACCGAAAACGAAGGUGAGCUCAGCAAAGAGACAGAAAGUCAAAGCCACCAUUAAACCAGAGCAAACUAAUUCUUCAGCACUUAUUGGUAAUGGGGAUGUUAAAGCAAAGCAACAACUACCCGUUCUGCAGCAUCGAAACCGGAGAUAUUCCAAAAAAAUCUAUACUCAAAUACAGAAACUCAAAAGGUUUCCAGUUGAAAGCCAGGACAGGCAUACAGCUAUGCCUCAAAAGCCCACUGCUGUCAACAGGCAGCAGCGUCCAGAAACAGAAAAGGUUCUCCAUCCGGACAUCAACAGUCAUUUCACGACUACAAACAGAAAUGGCAACCAGUUUAUCGGAAAAUCAAAUGAAGUGAAAACUGAUCCCAGAAAAGCUCUCCGGGAAAAGGAGAUAGAGCUAAAUAAGCCUUUACAACAAGACCUGAAUAAUCACAACAAUAGCGAUAAAAUGAGUACUCAAGGAAAAACAAAGAAUUCUUACUUGAGGAGAGAGUGGGAUCAUGCAGGAGAAGAAGAUUUCACUGAGAUCAGAGGAAAUGCAACCCAGGGAAAUUCAGAUUCCACGUGGGAGCAACAAGGAGACAUGGCUAUGGAUCCUGAUGAAGAGGACUUCACUCCAACGCCAGUUUUUGAUACUCAGGUCAACUGGAACCAGACCUUCCAGGUUAACCACCUGGACCUGCAGUCGCAGCGUUCUGAUUGGAUCGACCUUUCCUGCAACGUCUCCGGAAACUUGCUGCUGAAUCCCAACGACGCUCUGACUGUUGUUUAUGCCUUCAUGGAACGUCUUAAUGAAAAGCACAAGGGGCGAUUCACAUUGGUUCGCGUGCUUAAUGUUGUUAAGCGUGUGGACGGAUACAGGGGCAGCCGCUACCUCCUGGAGUUGGAGCUGAAGGAUGCCAAUGGCCAGCUGCUGCGUCUAACGCACUACAUCUACACUCUGAUUCGCCACAACCGGCAGACCAGCCAGGACUUUAUCCUCCAGCACUCGCGACCUCAGCUGGUUUUGUGCAACCCGGUGGGGUUCCGCUGGAAUCCCGAUGCCACUGUUCAUUUCAUAGUGCCUGUUAAAAACCAAGCUCGGUGGGUGCAACAGCUGAUUACAGAUAUGGAGGAAGUGUUCAGAGAAACCGGAGAUUCAAAUUUUAACCUGAUCAUCACUGACUACAGCAGCACAGACUCAGACGUGGAACAGACUCUGCAGAAAUCCUCACUCCCCAGGUACCAGUAUGUGAAGCUGAGCGGGAACUUUGAGCGCUCAGCUGGUCUGCAGGCAGGAAUUGAUCUAAUAGAUGAUGACCACAGCAUCGUGUUUCUUUGUGAUCUUCACAUCCAUUUCCCUUCUUCAAUUGUGGACACAAUCAGGAAGCAUUGCGUGGAGGGACACAUGGCUUUUGCUCCCAUAGUCCUCAGACUGAACUGUGGCAGUACACCAUCAGACGCCAGAGGUUACUGGGAAGUGAAUGGUUUUGGUUUACUGGGGAUCUAUAAAUCUGACCUGGAUGCCAUUGGAGGAAUGAACACUAGGGAGUUCAGAGAGCGAUGGGGAGGAGAAGACUGGGAGCUCCUGGACAGGAUCCUCCAAGGUGGGCUGGAAGUGGAGAGGAUCUAUUUGAGGAACUUUUUCCACCACUAUCACUCUAAACGAGGCAUGUGGAACCGGAAGAUGUCAGCGAGCCAUACGUGACCCCACCUCAACUUCGCCAUUUGUACAACUGUGGCAACUGAAGCACUUUAAGGCUGGACCCUAACUGUGUUAAACCUGCUGACUGUCAGAGAAAGGGACAUUAGAUCGGUUCUUGAAUUUGUUCACUCAGGCUGUAUGACGAAUGUGGUGAUAAUGGAGCUCAUUGUUACCCAGAUGCUGCUGCUCAGAGUUUAUUCACUGGAUUUGCUCCUGACUACCGUACUACUACUGCUGUAGCAAAUGAUGAAUGGUACAGACUGCGAGUCCUCGUAGUUCACCGUGCUGUCUGCUGAAGUGCCAAUCUGCAUCACAGGCUGCAAGAGAAUGAAUUGUUCCAAAGAUGAAACUGAACUUAAAUACACUCCAAGAAUGUAUGCAAGAACACACAAGUGUCCUUUUUUUCAGCCUUGCAUGUAAGUGAACUGGUAAAAAGGACGGAAAGAAAAUGAUGCUUGGUUUGCGUAUAUCUUAAAUACAACUGUUCUUUAUUUUUAUAAAUGACAGAUGUAAUAUUUAUAAAAUCAAUUUCGUGUUUAACUUUUGUUAAACAUUUCGCUUUAUUUUCACUCUCGGCCAUAUACCUCAGUUUGCUUAUCAAGUGUAGAUUUAUUGUGUAGAUUCCAAUCAGCUGUGACUAAUAGAUGUUUGCAUAGACAAGUCCUUUAUGUAUUUAAUUUCCAGGAUUAUUUUUAUUUAAUUCUUGAAAUGUGGAAGUUUUGUUUUAUGCAGUGCAGAAAUAACUUGUGUAUAAAUCACAGGCUAUUGAUCGGAUCCUUGGUUGUAAAAGGAUUUCUGAUUGCUAUGGGGACAUUGUUCAGAUAACAUCUGAGAGACUUCUUGGUUGAAGGACCAAUAUGUUUUUCUAUAUACAGUACAGACCAAAGGUUUGGACACACUUUCUAAUUGGAUUCAAUGAGAAGGUGUGUCCAAACCUUUGGUCUGUACUGUAUGUGGACAGUCUGUUGAAAAUCAUGGAAAAACCAGCAGAAUUAAGGUUAUUUGUAUUCUUGGCGAUAAUUGAUGUUCCUUUUAGUAGUCGUUCUGUUGUGUAAUUCUUUUUUUUUUUUUUUUGCAAACACAGAUGGUAAUAGGGCAGAUUAAAAAAAAUAUCUAUUAUAAUACAGGGUUUCUAUCCAAUCUCUAAAAGUUUGGAAUUUGAAUAUUUUUAAGAUUGAAUAUGAAAAACUUGCAAAAUCUUUGUAUCGUCCUGUGUUUUCUCCUACAAACUUCAAUUGUCAGUCAAUUCAUCUAUUCAUUCAUCCAUAAGGUUCCACAUUUAAAGCCUGAUGAGUGCAGAAAAUGUUAAAAGAUUUUUCAUAAACUUUUGUAUUUAUUCAAAGAGAGAACUCCUGAAUUUGUUUCAGAAUAAAUAUGGGAUUUUAGCACAGGAAAAUAAAUGGGAGCCCUGUAUAAUUUGUAAAAUCAAGUUUACAACUAUAUUUUCAUUUUUGGUACACAUUCCAGUUUGACUAGAGCUUUGUGCCACUCCAAUCAGUGCCUUGAAUCUGAUGGAAAUUAGACUGUUAAGCUUGUCAUUUAGGCCAGUAAAGAUGACCUUUCUAGGCUGAUGCCAGAAAUUUUCUGGUUUUCUUUAUAACACUGAAAAUACUGUCAUCUUUUGUUUUUAAUGUUAUCUUAGCCUCAAAGGUUGAUCUUUUCCUUUUUGUUGCUGCUCAUGCCUACCUGUUUUAAAAAUUCUACGUUUAGAUGUAGUUAUUUUUGCUCUAAGCCGGAAAGACGUCUUUGUUGUAAUUUUGUUUAUCUUCUAUUGUCUCUUCUCAGGGACGUGUAACACUGCCUUGACAAAUCCCAGGGGAAAACUUUUAAAAAAGAAAAAUAAAUAAAGAAUAAAGUUUCAGUUUC